ACUGGUACUAGCUUGUCAGCACACAACAACAUGCACUAGAGACAGUGUGUGUGAAGAUGGAGCCUGGAGAGCUGUGUGUGAAGAUGGAGCCCGGAGAGCUGUGUGUGAAGACGCAGCCCGGAGAGCUGUAUGUGAAAGAGGACCAAGAGUGCCAGGACAGUGCCGGGCACGGAGUGAGCGCGACGGCCGCGCGGGCCGGACUGUAUGUUGAUCAUGUGGUCAAGGACGAGCUCGUGCUGGGCCCCGAGGAGUGGCACCGCCCUAAAGUGCUCCCUUUACAAGUGUGUUCGGACGGCAGCGCCGCCCGCGCCAGGGAACAGCUCGCGAUGGCUUGUUCCGUGGUGCUCCAGCGCCUCCGCGGCGACGCGACUGUUCACAGUGGGACCAACCCAUACGGCUGCGAACACUGUGGCAAGCAUUUCAGAAACAAAUAUAUUUUAAGGAAUCACAUACAAAACACACGACACUUGUCGACCGGACGAAAACCAUUUGCUUGUGAUUUUUGUAGUUCUACGUUUCAAACUGAAUCGCUUGUAACAGAACACGAGAAGAGCGAACACGGUGUUACAAAUUUCAUGUGUGCUGAAUUGGGGGUUCACGUACCGGCCGUUCUCGAGGCGCCGAGUCGGUGUAGCGCAGCGAGCCGCAUAUCUGCUAACGUGGGGGAGAGAGGAGGCGCCAUCAAUAUCAAAUACUUCAAGUCAGCGCGGGCCAGUACACGCGGCGAGCAGGUGCGCUGCUGCGAGCCCGCGGUGUGCUCCCAGCCUUCAUCAGGAUAUUGA